CAAACCAUCGCACGCAAAUAUAUCCAUCGACACGCCGAAGCAAAAGCUCGUUUCGUUUCGUUACGUUACGUCUCGUUUCUAGAAGAUUCCUUCCCUCCGAUUCUGCGUCGUCUCCUACCUCCGUCCGACCCAGUUCCUCGAUCGCGCGUCGAUUCGUUCCUAGGGUUUCCCGACUUGCGGGAAGAAGCGGGAACAGGAAGAAGAAGAAGAAGAAGAGGAGGGGGGGCGACGGAUCAUGGAUUGGGGGAGCGUGACGGCGGAGGAUCUGCUGGACGCCCUCCGCGAGGUGGACUGGUCGUUGCCGCCUCGCCCCUUGCCGGAGUUCUUCUCCAGGUUCACCGUCCCGAGAUCCUACGCCAAGUGGAGCAGCCGGCUCAAAUGCAACCUCUACUACUAUAGGACAAACUACUUCAUCAUGAUUGUUGUCAUUCUUGCACUUGGUUUUCUCACUAGGCCACUUGCUAUUGUUGCGGCUCUUUUGACAAACCUUAGCAUUGCAUUUCUCAAUGACAGCUUUGCAGGCACUUUUAGUGAGAAGGUGACAAGGACUGUUAGGCAGUUUUCUCCACAUUUAGCUGCCAAGAUGAGGCCAUCUCUCACACCGGUAAUCCGUGGGCGUCCAUCAACUAAAAGGGCAGUCCACAUAUGUGGUCGGCCACGUUGGGUGUUUGUCUUGAUAUUCUCCGCUGCAUCGCUUGUCCUGUGGUUCGUCUCCUGUGGUCUUUUGACUGUCCUUUGGGCGCUUGUCAUUGGACUUUCUGCCACUCUCCUCCAUGCAAGUUUUAGAACACCAAACUUGAAAGCUCGCCUAAAUACAUUCCGUGAGGAAUUUCGUGCUGUUUGGCGUAAUUACAGUGAGCUGUAGUGUAUCUCCAGCGUAGAAAUGAGUACAUUUUCUUGGUGUUUUCCCCCAAGGCUUGAAGCUUAUUGUCGCUAUAGUUGCAAGUUUGGAUGACUGCAGCCGAGACAUGCAUAGCGAAAUAAGUUAUUUUUCUCGGAUUGGGAUCACUGGGAGAAGGCCGCAAAUCUCUGCUGAUUCUCCGAAGUUUGUAAAGUGUUGAAAGCAAAGUGUUCCGCGUUUCAUUUCCUGGUAAGCAAAGGUAGAAGAGGAGAAACGGGUCAGCAUGAAGAACUCUGUGUGACCUGAUGGCUCAUUUAGCUUCUGAAAUAUGUUUUCCCUUUUGUGUGACAUGUAACCUUGUCUGCAUACUUAGGUAAAAAAAAAAAGAGCGAAAUAUGUUACAAUUAUUUACAACUUUGAUAGCACAAGCUGUCUCUAGCUCUGGGAAGUUUAGUGGAGGAGAUUUCCUUGAUUUUUCA